UUUAUUGUAAGGACUGGAGUGGAAAUGCACAGGGAGACUGGCACCAGUGAUUGUGGCGUGCUGGUGACCUGUUUUGGGAAAAGGAAAGGGGGGAAUGAGAAAAAGGACACAACGAAUAUAUGCCAUUGGGUUGGACUGCAAUUUGCAAAUUGACAUGAGGUAGCCAGUCUCCAAGUCGGCAAGUCGUUCGGCGCACUGGGCAAGGCAUAGCAGCCUGCCGCGGUUGAUUUUUGAGCUGUGGUGCUGGAGAAGUUUGAGCCAAGAAGACCCAACCCGACACCACCAGGAGGCCCAAAACGAGAGCACCCAUGCCGUUCUCCCACCACUCCCCAGCUGCUACAAGUCAGCUACUCGCCCCUUCCCGCCGCACGCUCCUAUUGCCAUUGCCAUGCCCGCGAGCCGGCGCGACCCCGGCGGCCGAAGCUGUGCUCCUACCCGGCGGGCUGCGAGCGGAGUCGCUGCCACGACACGUGGCUGUAGUGAUGGACGGGAACUCGCGGUGGGCGCGCGCGCGCGGGCUGCCGUCCGCGGCCGGGCACGAGGCCGGGCGCCGCGCGCUGGAGGAGGUGGUGCGGCUCUCCCGCGCCUGGGGCGUCCGCGCGCUCACCGCCUUUGCCUUCUCCCACGAGAACUGGAGCCGGCCCAGGGUGGAAGUGGAAUUCUUGAUGGGGCAGUUUGAGCGAGCGAUCCGCGAAAGCGUAGCUGAAUUUCUGAGGUAUGCAUUUGCGCCGUCAGUUAAUAGCCUCACACUUAGGUCUCUACUGGCAUUCCUGAUAAGAUGCAGAUGGAUUCGAACACUCUAUGGAGCUGGCAGUAAACCUCACAAGGACGGAAUUCGGCUACGUGUAAUCGGCGACUCCUCAAGACUGCCGGUUUCUCUUCAGAAGAUCGCGAGAGAAGCCGAGGAGGCCACACGGAGCAACUCGCAGCUCGACCUGACACUGGCAAUCAGCUACAGCGGGCGGAGGGACAUAGUCCAAGCAUGCCGGAACCUCGCUCAGAAGGUGCACGACAAGCUGCUCAGGCCGGAGGACAUCGACGAAACUAUCUUCGCCGAUGAGCUCGAGACGAGCCAUGCCAACGCCGAGCUCCCUAAUUACCCUGACCUGCUCAUCAGAACCAGCGGCGAGCUGCGGCUGAGCAACUUCCUGCUGUGGCAGUCGGCGUACGCGGAGCUCUUCUUCACGGACACGCUGUGGCCCGACUUCGGAGAGGCCGACUACCUCGAGGCACUGGUCUCCUUCCAGAGCAGAGACAGGCGUUUCGGGGUAAGGAAAUUGUAGCGCAGAGGCAGGCAGCGCCAUGUGAAAGGCGUGCUUGAACUGUCAAUGUAGUAAGCGUUGGUCAGUGGAUGAUAAUGGGUUUGGGGCCCGUGGUAUUCCCAUGAUGCGGCUGUAUUUGUUACAACUCACAAAUGGUGCUUGGGGCUCCUCCAGGAGACCAAGAUGCGGAGAUGGAGUAUUAAAGAUGGACGUUUCUUAGGCCUUGUUUAGUUCGUAAAAAAAUUUGUUUUUGGUUA